AAUAGCUAAUAAUAUGUCGCUAUUUUGACAUAUAUUGGCUUUAAAACUUAAAAGACCUUGAAUAGUAGCCAGUAAAUUUUACGUUUUAAUACUUAUUUGACUGGAUUAAAAAAGCGAAACUCCUUACUAGGGCUAUGUCUAAGUUCAGUGGAGCCCUUCAGCUCACCGAUAUAGACGACUUUAUUACACCCUCGCAGAUAUGUAUUAAACCCUUGCCAACCGUGCCCAUAGAUAAGGCGACGUCAAGAACUGGGGCCAAAAUCACCAUAAAGGGAGACAACUGCCUUGAGGAAAAUGAGAGUGGAAAUCAAAAACUUAAAAAAGUGGAAAUCACUCUUCAAGACUGUCUGGCCUGUUCCGGGUGCAUCACUUCCGCUGAAGGCGUUCUAAUCACUCAGCAGAGCCAGGAGGAGCUGCUCAAGGUCCUCGGUGAGAACUCCAAGAAAAAAACCAUUGGGGACUUCGAUAAUGUGCUUACCAUUGUGUUCACUGUGGCCACCCAACCUUUGCUGAGCUUAGCCCAUCGCUAUCAAAUAGGUGCAGAAGAUGCUGCGCGCCAUCUAACCGGAUACUUUCGGAGUUUGGGAGCCGACUAUGUUUUGUGCACCAAAGUGGCCGACGAUCUAGCGCUGCUCGAAUGCCGACAAGAAUUUAUGGAACGGUACCACGAAAAUAAGGAGUUGACCAUGCUUAGCUCGUCCUGCCCGGGCUGGGUUUGCUACGCGGAGAAAACUCAUGGGAACUUUAUACUGCCUUACCUUUCUACAACCCGCUCGCCGCAGCAAAUAAUGGGAGUACUAGUAAAGCAGCUCUUAGCUGAGAAGCUAAGUAUUCCUGGAUCUCGCAUUUACCAUGUGACAGUGAUGCCCUGCUAUGACAAGAAGCUUGAAGCCUCCCGUGAAGACUUCUUUAACAAGGCGAACAACGCACGAGACGUGGACUGUGUAAUCACAUCAGUUGAGGUGGAGGAGAUGUUGACCGAGCACAAGAGGACAUUGCCGCAAUGUAACCCCGAUGAUCUGGACUGGCCGUGGUCUGAAGUAAGGCCAGAAUCCAUGGUGUGGGCCCACGAGGCGACGCUAUCGGGUGGUUACGCUGAACACAUAUUUAAGUACGCCGCUCGAGAGCUUUUCAACGAGGUCACACCAAAAGAAUUGGAAUUCAAACAACUUAGAAAUCGUGACUUUCGGGAAAUUAUUCUUAAAAAGAAUGGAAAGGCUGUCUUAAAAUUUGCUAUUGCCAACGGCUUCCGGAACAUUCAAAACCUGGUGCAAAAACUUAAGCGAGGAAAAGAGGGAAACUAUCAUUUUGUAGAGGUGAUGGCUUGUCCUUCAGGAUGUAUAAACGGAGGUGCACAGGUACGCCCUAUUACCGGGCAGCAUGUUCAUGAACUUACCCAGAAACUUGAGAAAAUUUACGAGAAGCUUCCACGCUCCCAGCCCGAAAAUGCUUUAACAAAAGAUAUCUAUCGCGAAUUUCUAGAAGGCUUUCAAACGGAUAAAUCGAAUGAGCUUCUUCACACCAGAUACCACGCUGUGGUGGGUCAGCUCAGUACAUCGCUAAAUAUAAAGUGGUGAAGGUAGUUAACGGUUUGUGUUUUUUUAUAUUUAAAGGUCGUUUAAUAAUUAUUACUUUAAUCAGAUGUUUGCACGUAUCUUGGAAACUGUUGAAGCUUUGGUUUUUAAUCAAAAUAACUCUAACAAUUAUGUUAUCGGCUAAUUUGGUGAAUUGCUUCUAAAUUCGAAGCAUUUUACUCUGGGAGGAAUUGCUUCUAAAUUUGAAGCAUUUCACUCUAGGAGGAACUGUAAAAAUACUUGUUUAAAGAAGGUUUAAAACUA